CCUCCGCGAGGCGCGCUGACGUCACCCUUCGGGGAAACGGCUGACGUCACCGCGUCCUCGGCGAGUGGGGGCGGGGCCGUGACUCACCCGGGCCGCGCCCCCCGCCCGCGGCGGAGCGCACGUGAGCGCGCGCCGCGCCGGUUUCUAAGUUUAGCUCGGCGGUUUCGGUGGGGUCGGGCGAGGAAGCUGAGGGGGUGCUCUGUCAAAAUGAGGGAAGAAACCAAGAGGAAGGCGUGAGAUGCUGGCACCAGGGAUUCCAACUAGUGUCGCAAAGGAAUAAAGUGUUCCAAAACCCAGACACGAGCUCUCCACAGGGGAGUAGAUGCACUGUAGUUAUUUUAAGGAGAAAGAGUGUCCAUCAUCUCGUGCCUGGGAGACCUGUUGCCAUCUUCUCAGCGACUGUAGCUGUUGGAAUAGUCGUUUCUGCAGUCCCCAGGGCAGUGUGGUGCACAUGAGGAGAGACCAGAAGUUGUUAUCCAGAGAAGCUGAACUGAAGGUGCUCUGGACUCCAGGACACUGGUCCACGCGGAGGGUGACAGGGAGGGGUCAGACACACUCCGGAUGGUGGUCACUCUGUCAGCCUGGAACCUGGAGUGACCAGUUACAGGAGAGCUCCGAACCAAUCCAAGGUGAUCAUUUGGAAUGAGCAAGCAAACAAGAAACUUUCCUCAUGUCAAGUCACUGAGAGCUUGUUCCCAGAACUGGGAGAAGUGGCUCAAUGGUCCUCACCCGCGGAGAGCGGUGGUGAGGGCUGGAAGGCAGUUACCUCGCAUUGCGCAGAUAGACACAGGAAACAGGAGCAGAUCUUACAGAAGUUAGGGAGAGUGGAACACGAGGUCAGAGAGCCUGGAUUCUCAUCUCACAUCUUCCACCUGUGAGACGAUGCCUUUGGGCAAGUUGUGGAACCACUGCAACCUUCAGCCGCCUCAUCUAUAAAAUGGAGGGUGACAAUGGCAGCUAUGUCAGCAGGUGACCGUGAGGAGAAAACGAAGUACUACAGAGGGCACACAGCAGGAAGACCACGUGCUCGCCUGGGACCAGGAGAGGGUGAGAGUGGCCUGGGAAAUUCAACCAUCCACAAGACUCAGAACCAACGGCUGAGUGAGGAGUUGGAUCAGGUGGUUGAGAACUCAGAGCGGGCGGACGAGCAGGAAAAGGAGGCAGACGGAGUACAAGGUCCAGGAAUCUUACCAGCCCUGGACAGCGAGUCUGCCUCUAGCAGCAUCCGCUUCAGCAAGGCCUGCCUGAAGAACGUCUUCUCGGUCCUGCUCAUCUUCAUCUACCUGCUGCUCAUGGCAGUGGCUGUCUUCCUGGUCUACCAGACCAUCACAGACUUCCGCGAGAAACUCAAGCACCCUGUCAUGUCGGUGUCUUACAAGGAGGUGGAUCGCUAUGACGCCCCAGGUAUUGCUCUGUACCCCGGUCAGGCCCAGUUGCUCAGCUGUAAGCACCACUACGAGGUCAUCCCGCCCCUGAGGAGCCCUGGCCAGCCUGGGGACAUGAACUGCACCACCCGGAGGAUCAACUACACAGACCCUUUCUCCAACCAGACUCUGAAAUCCGCCCUGAUCGUGCAGGGGCCCCGGGAAGUGAAGAAGCGGGAGCUGGUCUUCCUCCAGUUCCGCCUGAAUGAGAGUAGCGAGGACUUCAGUGCCAUCGAUUACCUCCUCUUCUCGUCUUUCCAGGAGUUCCUGCAAAGCCCAGACAGGGUGGGCUUCAUGCAGGCCUGCGAGAGCGCCUAUUCCAGCUGGAAGUUCUCUGGCGGCUUCCGCACCUGGGUCAAGAUGUCCCUGGUGAAGACCAAGGAGGAGGAUGGGCGGGAAGCAGUGGAGUUCCGGCAGGAGACGAGUGUGGUUAACUACAUUGACCAGAGGCCGGCCGCUGAAAAAAGCGCUCAGUUGUUUUUUGUGGUCUUUGAAUGGAAAGAUCCUUUCAUCCAGAAAGUCCAAGAUAUAAUCACCGCCAAUCCUUGGAACACAAUCGCCCUGCUCUGUGGGGCCUUCUUGGCGUUAUUUAAAGCAGCGGAGUUUGCCAAGCUGAGUGUGAAAUGGAUGAUCAAGAUCAGAAAGAGGUACCUUAAAAAAAGAGGUCAGGCGGCGAACCAUAUAAGCUGAAGUGGCCUUGUGUUCGCAGAACUGCUCACAGCAACGGAAGUUCUGGUCACUUCCGCGCGGAGAAAACGAGCCGCUGGCAAUCCUGUGCUCACUUGAAACGGGCCUUGCUGGGAGGAACAGCCUGCCAGCCUGCAGCUUCUAACCUGGCCCCAAAAGAGGAUGUUUAAAGCCUGAUGGAACAGAUCCAGUGGGUAACCUAAAACUUAUUUAAGUAUUUAAAUUAUUAAUGAACAGAUGACGAGGGAUUGUGGAAGAUGGAAUUAGAUCUGUAUCAAGUUUUCUGAAGGUUUGUGGAAGUUGCCUUUCUUCUUACUUGGUUUGGUGCACAGUUAAGCUCUAAUGGGGUAAUGAAGGCUCUACUUUUUACUCUAGCUUCCCCUUCCGCCCUAGUUUUCUAAAGUGGACAGAAGAGUGUGAUUUUUUUUUUUUCCCCCAAAUCCUGACUCUGCAGAUGUACAGGUUAUGCUUUGAAACCUCUGCACCCUGUACCCAAAGGCGAGAACCCCAUCGUCUCUGACGUCAUCUGCCAGUUACAUCAUCUGGCCUCUUGGCACGCUUUCUCAUUUGUUAAAUAAGAAAUGGGACUUUUUUGUAAAGCUACUAGAAACCAGGAAUACGAUUUCUUGUGGACUGACUAGCCACCUACCUGUCUGGCUAGAAUAUUUGUUGAUGGAGGUGUAAGAGUGCAGAGUCAUUAACAUGCAAAAGCACUGGGACAUAUGUACAUAGGUGCCUACUCAAUGUAUCUUGAUGAUUUUAUUAACAGGUAAAUAAAAGUUAGGUUAAUGCAAAA